AUGUCCGAUCGGCCCAGAGACCAGCGUCCUCCGGAUACUUCGAUUGCCAGUGCCAACGACGCACAGCAGCGCGCUCAACAGUACCCUCCUGCUUCGCUUUCUGAUCACUAUGGCCCUCGAACCGUGACCACCACGCCCAGCACAACGUCGCCAGCACUCCAUCGACCUCCAACGGGCAAUGGCAGGACCAUGGAGCUACCACCACUGCCCCAGGCCCCAAGUGCCUCGGGUGGCAGCUUUCCUCCAGCCUCUACAGCCUCUAGGUCGGUGGGCGUAGCGUCCAUACUAAACCCCACCGAUGGGGAUGACAGCUUCUCAAGUCGCAGGCGCAAGGCCUCUCAGCUCGAAUCACCGCACGCUUCUUUGCCGAUACUGCCACCUUUGGGUACUCAGCAUCAAGUCACUCAAUCAGCUCGUGCAACUCCGACGCCCUCAUCCAUGCAACCAGUCACCUCCUACUCCGGCGAGAGAGCGCCACGCAGAAUCCUGACCCCAAGGUCGCCAUCACUACAUCGUGCAGCCAGCUUGAAUCAGCUCUCCAACCCUUCACCGUAUCCGACUUUUAGUGCUCAGCAAGCCCCAUUUCUUCUCUCACCACGGAGUCGAAGCUAUGCCAUUGAGCCUGGAACUGCAGGCGCACCACCUUUGCCAACUCCGCCUGCAGCUAUGCGUCCGAGCUACGGAUUUCCUACACCUGCCCAGUCUGCUCACUUACCUCCCAUGUCACAGCGAGCAAGCGGGAGCAGCAUAAAUCGACCAGGAAGACCGACCUCAGAGAGCACUAGUCCUCGUUCGUCUUAUUCGUCAUACAGUCAAGCAGGUCUAACUUCACCAGCUGCAACUUAUGCAUCCGCGUCGAUGCCCACUCUGUCUUCUGCAUAUCCUGAAGGGGCGGAGCAUUUGAGUUCCGGUGCUACAAGUGCCCCAACCUCCAUAGGUCCAGAUCGGCAGCGAGCCGUUGGAGUACCGAUAUCCGCAUCAGGAGGGCAGAAUGUCUAUCAGAUGAUGACUUUGGAGACGACAUCGGGCACUGUCCAGCUACCUGUGGAUGUACAAGCAGCGUCGCGAGUUGCAGACGAGAAACGCAGACGGAAUGCGGGCGCCAGUGCACGUUUUCGGCAGAGACGUAAGGAGAAGGAAAAGGAAGCUUCGUCGACAAUAUCGCGACUGGAGCUGCAAGUGAAAGAGCUUAGCGAAGACAUGGACUUCUACAAAAGGGAAAGGGACUAUAUGGCCGGCGUAGUUCUACAGGUACCUGGUGGCGACCGUCAUUUUCCGCGACCUCAAUCUCCUCGUCAUCGGAGAAGCUCCGGCUACAUGGGUUCAAACAGAAAUGCCGACUACAUGACGAUGCAGGAUCAGGGCGGACGGAGUCCAGAUGAAGGUAGAAACGUGAGGAGAAGGACAUCUACACUAUCACUUCCACCCCCACCACAGGCAUCCAACCAUCCACUUCCACCCCCAGGGACAGCAUAUCAAUCAGGCUACGCUCCGCAGGGUUACGGCCACCCCCUUCAACCGCUGCCACAGCCAGCAGCAGUCCACCAGGCUUCGGGACCAAUGCCGUCGCCUUCGAUACGAGGACCUCUCCCGACACCGACAUCUGCACAAGCACCUCCAGGAGCGCACCAGCUGAUGCAAGCUUCUCCUCAAACAGGCCCAUGGAACCCAUAUGCCGAUCGACGAGGUCCCGGUCAUCCGAAAGAUUCACCCACAAUCUUGGACAUUUCUGAUUAUCUGGAAUAUACAUCUCCUAGACAUUUUACGUUGGGCAGGAUUUCGGACAUCCUCUUUGCAACUUUGUACUUCUUGAUACCCCUUUGCGAAGCAUAUUGCGAGAACCUAUGGACUUGUGGUGCGCUGAGAUACCCCUGGCACGAAUGUUUUUUUUUUUGUUUUCGCGAGUUUGCAUGGGCCAUAGAAUCUCGAGAUCUCACGAUCACAGUUAUGUAUCACAAUGUCAACUACAAUAUUAAUCACGCGGUCUCGAGGGAGCGAGUCGGCGACAGCGAUAUCAGUAGCGAUUUCUCCGCUAUGGUUUCUACCCUAUGGGCUGCUCCCUAUCCCAAGGAAUACAGUAAUAAUAAGCUUAGACCGAUCAGCGCUAUAUGUGCGCCUCUUGAAGAGACAGGCGGGACAGUGAUUGGUAGUGGCGCUACUUUCAUUGAGCUUCGGAAGAGAAACCUACAGUACCGGCUCGUUCGCUUGAGGCUUGAAAGGAUCUGCUUUCUGUCAUAUGAAACGGUGGACUACUGCGAGUCAGGACACGGAGUUGUUGGUCUGACGGUACGUCACGUCACGAAGAACGACACCGAACGAACGACAUCUUGGCCCUUGACACUACGUCAUCUCGAGGGUGGUGUUGGCCGUGACGAGCAAGAGAGCUCAGAGCUCGAACGCGAGGAAAGUCCCCGCGCAAGGUGGCCGGCACUCUGCCUUGAGAUGACCGACCUGACGUUCAAUCAUAGCACUGCAGUAUUACCUACUGGCUUGCAGUGUUGUCUGCAUGAGAUCUCCACGGCCUUGCAAACCAAUAUGCAGCCGUGUUCACCAUCCAUUAGCGACUGCUCCGUUUCCCAUGCGGAAGUCGAAAGCAGCAGCAGCAUCAUCAUCAAACAAGACCAAGCACAACAAGACGUAGCGCUUUCCCCAAUCCAUCAAUGGUCCUGGAUAAUGCUGGUUGGCACGCAGGCUUGUGUGGAAAAUCGACCCCACUCAUUCCUGGCUGCUUCCAGGAUAAUGCCUCCUCAUGAUCCAUGUUACACGGUUGGAUGCACAACACCACUUCUCGACCGCUUCAAGGACAGGCAUAGUUCAUGGUCCAUUGCCCUAUUUUGUAGCGUUGUUCCUGGUCGAUUCGCCUUCUUAAGUUUCUCUGACUACACUCGGCCCAAAUCGGCUGUUGAUUAUGCCCUUGUCUGCAAUCCAUGCCAUAUGUCCGCAGUGGGAGCAUCCAUAAUGAUGAAGAUGGUUGUCUGCUCUCAUCAUCAGGAACACGUGAGUACCGUCUUUACGAUAUGCAAAAGUUUGAGAGGUCGUGAGAUUUCACUCUGGAAUAUCAAUAGCAGGAGGUCGAGCAUUUAA